CCUUGGUCUCGGCGCGAAGUUCCUGCCGCACAAGAAGGCAGUCGCCUUGGCUGCAACUGCUGAGCGCAGUCUUGGCCGAAAGCUUGGCAUCUACAAAAAGCCACACACCUCCAGGAAGUCCAUCCAAGAAAUGGAGGAAGCACAUGAGAGUCCAUCUUCAGGAAAGGAUUUAGACGAUGAACAAGAGGAGGACGCGUCGCGUUCGGUGACCUUCUCUUCAAGAAAAUGCCUAUCAGGCAAAAGGAAAUCUGCAGCCAGCUUGCGAGCUGCAUUAUUGGAAAGGAAAGGCAUUGGCAAGUCCGGCAAGAAGAGGAAACGGUGA